AUGUCGCUUAGCGGGGCUCUGUGGGGCUUGCCGUCGUACUGGUUCGUGCAACAUUCGCUGGUUUUGCUGUUACUCUUCGUCGUCGUGUACAAACUCGUCGUGCUGCUCAUACGGCGGAGGGAAACCUUUCGGAACUUUGAGGCGUUCACGGGACCGCCAGGACAUUGGUUCUUUGGGCAUGUCCUACAGUUUAAACAAGAUGGGACGGACUUGGACCAGAUGGUGAAAUGGGGGGAGCAUCACCCCUACGCUUUCCCGCUGUGGUUUGGCCCCAGUGUCUGUUUCAUCAACAUCCACCAUCCCGAUUACGUGAAGAGCAUACUAACGUCAACAGAGCCGAAAGAUGAUUUUGCAUAUAACUUCAUAAAGACCUGGAUUGGUGACGGCUUGCUGGUGUCUCAUGGUCAGAAAUGGUUCCGCCACAGAAGGCUUCUGACGCCAGGUUUCCAUUAUGAUGUGCUAAAAUCGUACAUAAAAUUGAUGUCAGAGUCAACCAAAACCAUGUUGGACAAAUGGGAGUGUUACUCGAGCACAGGCGAGUCAUUUGAGGUGUUCAAACACGUCAGUCUCAUGACGUUGGACAUCAUCAUGAAGUGUGCAUUCAGCUACAACAGUAACUGUCAGACUGAGAGCGGAACAAACGAGUACAUAAAAUCUGUGUAUGAGCUCACUCAUUUGAUCAACCAUCGCUUCCGGAUCUUUCCUUACCAUAACGACCUGGUAUACUACCUCAGCCCACAUGGCUUCAGGUUCAGGAGAGCCUGCAAGGUGGCUCACAAUCACACAGAGGGAGUUAUAAGAAAGCGAAAAGAAGCCCUGAAAAAAGAGAAAGAGCCCGGAAAUGUCUCAACCAAACGGAUCUUGGACUUUCUGGACAUCCUCCUCUUGGCAAGAGAUGAGAAUCAGCGAGGACUUUCAGAUGAAGACAUCAGAGCUGAAGUGGACACCUUCAUGUUUGAGGGCCAUGACACGACCGCUAGUGGCCUCUCCUUCAUCCUCCACACCCUUGCCUGCCACCCGGAACACCAGAAGAUAUGCAGGGAGGAGAUCACCCAGGUCUUGAGUGGCAAGGAUGCCAUGGAGUGGGAGGAUCUGAGCAAAAUGCCAUACACCACAAUGUGCAUCAAAGAAUCACUGCGACUAUUCCCGCCUGUGCCGGGAAUGGCCAGAAAACUCACCAAACCGAUCACGUUCUUCGAUGGAAGGACUUUGCCAGAAGGUUCUCUCGUGGGAACAAGUGUGUAUGCGCUUCACAGGAAUGGAACAGUUUGGGAAAACCCAAAUGUAUUUGACCCACUUCGCUUCCUGCCAGAGAACACUUCCGCCAGGUCACCACAUGCAUUUGUGCCUUUUUCUGCUGGCCCCAGGAACUGUAUCGGUCAGAACUUCGCCAUGAAUGAGCUCAAAGUGGCGGUAGCUUCGACACUGAUGAGGUACCAGCUGAUUGAGGACCCUACGCAGAAGCCCAAGAUUAUCCCUCGACUAGUGCUUCGCUCACUGAGUGGCAUCCACAUAAAGAUCAAAGCUUUGGAUUCUUGA